UUGUGAGCGGCAAGCUCAGGGCCCAGAGAGCCAAGUCGAUGAAGUUCAAGGACGGGUACAUGAUCUCAUCUGGUCAGCCCGUCAACGAGUACAUUGAUGCUACAGUUAGGCACGUUCUUCUCAGACAUGGCGUUCUUGGUAUCAAGGUGAAGAUUAUGCUUGACUGGGACCCCAAGGGCAAGCUUGGCCCUACCACCCCGCUGCCUGACCUCGUCACCAUCCACCCCCUGAAGGAGGAGGAUGAGCUGCGCCCACCGGCUUUGGUUGAGGUCUAAAGUCUCAAUAGAGCAAGCAGACCAUGAAACGGCACAUCAUUUUGGUCCUAGCUAGUUUUCUAUCCCUGUGAUAAGCGAGGGCUAUGCAACGCUCGGUUACCUACCUUACCUUUUAAUGGACAAAAGUUUUUGUGUAAUGCUUCUAUGUUAAUUUUGUUUAAACUAAGUUUUGCCAAGACAAGUUACUUAUGUAUGCCAGAAACCUUUGUUUGGAUUUAUUCUGCCCAGCUAGUUUGUCGCU